UGGUAGAUUCCAAACUACACCCGGAAGAAGCUUGACAACACAUGAAACGCGCGCACCAUUUGAUUUGGAUGAACACCAAACUGAAGAGUGACGACAUUUUAUGAAGUGUAACUGUAGUUUGUAUCGGAACAAACUCUCAUAACCAAGAGGUAAUUAUCGUGUCCGCAGUCGGAGCUCUCAUUCGUGAAUAGAGGCGGUGUAAACUUUUGUUUGGCUAACUGCUUGCUAGCUAACUCUUUGGUGUAGAGAGGCAGAUACACUCAGGUCAUUGCUGGUUUCAGGUGACACGUUACAGCUUUGUGUUUAAUGGUCAUAACACGAACAUGUGAGCCUUGGAUGUACCGUUUGGUCAUGUAAGAUAAUGUGUAAGAGAACCAACUCGCAAUGAAUUGGAUAAACCCUCCAAACGACCCGUGACUCUUACCAAAUGAGAACUAUCUGAAUUUCUACGAUGAUACUUGAACGCAUCUGGUCAUAGCGUGAUCAUGUAAACAUGUAAGAUACACUCAACCAUUCGGAAUUUGGUAAUGCUGAAUUCGGCAUGUGUAUUUUACUUAAUCCUUCACUGUUUCACAACGGGAUUGUCAGCCUAAUCCCUAAGUCAGAACUGUGAACAUGUGAGCAAUAUCAACACUUGGUCAGCUAUAUUUCUAAUAAAGCACUAUUAUGUGUGUUUUAAUAAUUGCCGAACAUAAUAGCGACUGAUAUAGACUAAUAAAACUACAGAAAGUGUGCUCUACUAGCUAUGUAUGCGCCCGUAAAGGGGAUUAUUUCUUAAAUGCGCAGAUAUUUGCAUGGGAUUUGGUUCGACUCGGCUUUUGGCAAAAAUUAGUCCCAUCAUGUAAAUGCAUUUGAAAUAAUUGGUGAUAUUACGACAUGUAAGUUCAUGGUAAGUUGAUUGUGUAUACUCUCAUAUGACUCAACCCAACUUUAUUUGUAAAGCACUUUAAAACAACCACAGCUGAACAAAGUGCUGUACAUGAAUAGACAAAACAUUGCAGACAUAAAAAAAAAACAGUCAAAACAAUGGAUAAAAUAAAAGCAGACAUUAAAAAGUAAAAUAAAGUUUCCAUGUUUUAAAAACUAAUUUAAAAACAUAGAAACAAAUAACUAAAAACAAACACUAAAACAGUAGCUGAGUCUCAUGCAGGGUUAAAAAUGGGUUUUAAGACGAGUUUUAAAAAUGGACAGUGUGGGGGCUUGUCUGAUUUGGAGGGGUCAUUUUCUUUCAUAAGACAGAGCCUCAGACACAACCAUGACAGAGGACUCGAGCCGCAGUCCCACAUACACGGUGCCAUGUGAGGACUACGUCCACGUUGUUGAGUUCAGUCCUUUCAGCUCUGGUACUGCUUCCUCUCUGCUUGCCUAUGGUGGAAACCAGUAUGUGGUGGUUGGCUCCUGCCUCUUCCCGGUGAGUGAUACAGCUUCACAUACACUGAUCUGAAGACAAUGAGAAAGUUUAUUCCUUUUUAAAAACUGUUUUUUUUUUUUGUUUUUUUUUUUUUUACACAGGAGGAGGAUAUGGAGAUAGAGGGAGUUGAAUUCAAUGUCCUUGGAGCUUUCCACCACGAGUUGCGUGUAGAUACUCUUGCCUGGAGCCCUGAGUCAAGGCUGGACAGGAUACCUACUAUCAGGUACUACCACUUUGUGUAGUGACUUUUAUCUCUAAGGCUGCAGAAAAUUGAGGAAAACCUAAUAUUGCAAUUUUAUCCCCUUUGUAAUACAUAUUACAAUUUAGAAAAUGUAGUAUUUGAAUGCCAGAAUAAUGCGUGUUCUUAGGGACAAUAAUGAACAUCUUUCGACUAUUAAACAAAAGUCACGGAGAAAUGAGCAUCAUUCAACUAAUAAAGAAAACAAACAACACAAUUGCACCAUCUAUGAUUUGGAUAAUUCAGUCUUUUUUAAAAAAUCUACCCCAUACUCAUGUCAUAUCUCACUCUGUCUCGAUACUGUCUGAUUUAAAGUCAGUCCUUGUUGUUUAACUCAGGCAAUACAGUGAAGUCCAGUAUGGCUGGUCAGUAAGUACUUCUGGUUCAGCUGAGGAUAGAGGACAGAGAAGAGGAGUUGAAAUGAGGGGCUGUGACAUGAUUUCAUGGUUUCAGAUAGACAUUUAUCAUAGAUUUGACCCGGUAAAGGUGGAAGUGGUGGCGACAUGGUGCGUUUCAGGUCAUGUGGCUGAGAUUGCGGCUCCUGUGAUGAGACUAUUGUGAAAGCGUUCAUUGCAAUUCGACCCGAGCUAUAUCCCUUAAAAGGUACAUACCCUAUUCUGUUUAGCACAGUGUCUUGCUUAUCUUUUAUUAAACAUUACAACCAGUCCAAGAUUUAAACGUUUAGAUUUUCAAAUCCAAAUUUGAUUAUCUAAAAUGUAAAUUUCUUUAGGAUUACAAGCCCACAAUCACAAUGAUUCUCCUUAGGAGUGGAUGGGGGUACAAAUAGAAAAGGCGGUUUAAAUUUUGCUUCCAAAACUGAAAGAAAUAAGUCUUACAAAAAAACUGUUUGCUUUUCCAUCAUGCACUUACGGACAACUUCUGAAUGUCAUGUUCCUGUUGGUGUCGACACCACUUUGAUGUCCUUGCUUUCAGUGUUUUUCUUUUACACACACACACAACACUUUGAUGCUUUCAUCCACUGCAACAUCUGUGUUUUUUUUCCCGUACACACUCUGUAUAUUCCAGUUUACGGUUUAGUGUCCACCCCUACGACAUUUGGCCAUGAAGGCAGGAGAAGCCGGGAAACUUAAGUUUGACUGACGUGCCUCUCCACCAUUAAAUCCAUUCAUCCGUAAUAUGAAAAGUGCUGACAUAUUUGCUAAGUCAUUAAUCAGUUUGAGUAAUGACCUUUUAAUAAUAACAGGCUGUAUGGAGGGACAUCUGCAGCUCCACUAGAGCUUCUUGUUAUGUAAGAGGUCAUCAGACUGUUAAAGUAGGAAAAAGAAGCUGUACUUGAUUCCCACUUUAGACACCUGACAUCUACUGUGAGUCUGCAAACACAACAGGACGGUUAUUCACUAACGCUCCUCUUUAACAGAAUAGAGGAGUGAGGAGUGGGAUCACAUCAGUCACAGCCUCCUCUCUCUGUCACUCUGCAGCUGCCUGAAUGUGAGCUCAGUUAUUUCAGGUGGCCUCGGACAGGACGGGAGUAUCCGAGCUGCAGAUUGUUAGAAAGCGAGAGUUUCCUUCUAAUUGGAGCGCUGCAUGGGAAGGUUCGGCGGUCCCUCCGGAGGUGUUUAAGCUUUCUGUAAUUGAAAAGGAAAGGCAGCGAUAAUUCCCGGCCUUCUGUGGUUUACUCCGCAGGGCCCUCGAGCCAGCCCCGUGACGUGAGCGCAUGUUAUUGCGCUGAUGACUGCCCACUCAGGUUCCAUCCCUCCCUAAGAUCUGAACACAGCCGUGCCUUCCAGGAAAAGUACAACUUUCUCAGGAUCCACUCUGAACAGGGGCCCAGAGAAAGAGAGAGAAAGCGAGAGAAGAGAGGACAGGGAGAAAGGAGAGGAGAUAAGGGGAGAGGACAGGAAAAGAGAGGAGAAGAGGGAAGAUGAGAAUAGAAAAGGAAGAGGGAAGGACAGGGAAAGCAGAAGAAGGGAUAAAAGAAGAGGAGAUGAGAAGUGGAAAGAGAUGAAAGGAAACAAAAAGGAGAGCUGGAAAGGAAAGGAAACAAGAGAAGAAGUAAGGAAACGGGAGAGGAGGUAAAAGGAGGAGGAGGAAGAUGAGGAGAUAAGGAAACAGGAAGGAAAAAGAGCAGAGAAAUACAGGAACGGGAACAAGAAAGACAAAAGAAGAAGUAAAAGGGGGAAAAUAAGGGAAGUUAGAAGAGGGGAACAAAAGGUCAGUCAUGAAAGAAAAGUGGGAAAAAAGAGACGAAAUUGAGAGAUGAAAGAGAAGGUGGGGAAGGAGAAGAAAAGUAGAGGAGAAAAAGCAGAGCUGAGGGAAGUGAAGGAGAGAAAAGGAAAGGAAGAUGGAGGGGAGAGGAGGGGAAGGAAGGAGAGAGAGGAGAGGGAUGAAAAGAGUAGAAGAAGGGUAGGAGAAGAAAAGCAUCAGCCAUGAAAGUGAAGGAGAAUAAAGGAAAUGGGGAAAAGGGGUAGAGUAGGAGAAGAAAGCAAGGAGAGAGGAGGAAAGUAUAGAUGAAAAAAGGAAGGGAGAGUAGAGGUGAGUGUACAGGAGAGGAGGAAAAUGCAGGAGAGAGGAAAGGAGAGUUGAGUGAAGAAGAGAAGGAAGGGAGAAUGGAGGGCAGUGUAGGAGAAGAAUAGGAAAGAGUGUCAGAAAGUUUAUGAAAGGUGAGAAGAGGGAGAUAUGGAAGAGAGGAGGAAAACGCUGGAGAAGAAAGGACAGAAAAGAGGAGAGAAGAGGGAGAUAUGGAAGAGAGGAGGAAAACACUGGAGAAGAAAGGACAGAAAAGAGGAGAGAGAUGGAGACUAGGUUGAGAGUUGGUUACUUCACCACUAAGACCUCUUAACCAUUUUGGAAGAUGCAAUCUCAAAAACUCAAAGUGAAAGUUUCCCACAGGAGUCUUAACUGUUGAUUUUGACAAACUGCAACAUGUGAAGCACAGACACAAGAGAUCGUAUAAAUCAAUGGACUCAUGCUGCCAGCUGACAUGACCACUUCAUCUAACCUACAACUUCUCCUGUUUCAAACAAACUUUGUGAAAACCUUUAGCUCCUGUUGAGCUCUUCUCUUUAGUGACAUUGAAGAGUAAAGGACGAACUUUUCCCUUCUUUCUGUCUUUUUGCUAACACAAAGAUCCUAGGUGUCCUACAACAACAAAUCUCAAAUUUUCUGGCUCUUCAAUCUGGUAAAUUUUCCUUUUUGCUUGUAUUGUAUUUAGUAAUAUAAUUAGAGAUCAAAUGGAGAAAAUGGCUUUGACGGUAAAGUCAGAGUCUCAGUGUGCUCUGUGCUUUAAUCCAAAGUCCAGCUCUAAUUUGUGGGGUUAGAGCUGCUGUGCUAAUAUAAUCUAAUCUACUGUAACAGUAAUACCCCGCAGCACGUUAAGGCUGUUUGUAGUGACAUCAUGCCAAAUCCAUCUGUGCCUGCGACUGCGAAUGUGUGAACCGCUGUCUGUUUAUUCUGCUGAUAUGUGUGUGUUUUUCUUGUCAUAAGUGAGGUAGUGUAAUUGUGUGAAUAAUUGCAGGCACUGGUGUGUACCGCGACUGAUUAGAGGGGAAAGUCCUCUGUGCAGGUUUUUCAGCAGAGACAUGCGUAAAUGGCGUGAGGACUCUUGUUUUUCUCCCUGUUUAUCUUACUUGCAAUUAGAAUCUCCCUGGCAGCGCUUCCACUGAUCAGCGUCCAAGUUUCUACCACACACACUGGCGCUCUCAUGCCGAGGUGUCAGUCUGGGCGGCCGCAGGCGUGUGUGCAGAAAGAGAUGUCGUCUGUCAUUGUGUCUGUAAAGUCUGACUCUGUUUUGAUGUUCUCUCUUUUGUUUAUUUUCACAUCCUCCCUUUCUUUUCCUCUUCCUCUCCCUCUGCAGAUUUUGCACCGCUGCAGCUGACAGAAAGCUACGCCUGCUGACUUCUGAUCUGCAGGAUCGGCAUGAAGUCAAGGUAGAGAAACAUCUGGAGCACAUCGGCCUGAGCUGAGCAUGUCAGACGCCGUCAGACUUCCCUCACUUAGCGCUGACAUUUGGUACUUAGUGAUACAGGAAAUGUGGCUUAGCGAGCCAACGCAGCACGCCAACAUUUCCUAGAAGAUGCUCAUUUAGCAGUUUGUUUAUCAUGUUCUUGCUGUUUUUGUUUACAUGUUGUUUUCUACACUGUCGCCUAGGUGAUGGAGGGCCACACGAGCUACAUUAACCAUUUAGUGUUCGAGCCCACGGAGGGGAAACAAAUUGCUUCCGUCAGCGAUGACCACACUUGCAGGUCCAAACUGUAUUUAUUUCCAUGUGUGUGUGUUUUUGUGUGCGUGUUCCCAGCUCCUGAUUUUUCAGUCCUGUUCUCUGUUAAUGGUGCAGAAAGUCCUGACCGUGUUUCCACAGUGAAACACGAUGCUAAGCACAACAUGCUCCGGUGUGACUCUACGCAAGUACAGAGCUGCUUUGUAGCUUUUCUAGCUAAUUGGUAAAAUAUGGAAAUUCAAUUAGCUGCAGAGAGAGUUUUCCACUCUGAGGGGGAUUCAGAACAGGGUCCCCGAAAUUUUCUUUUCAAUUAAUGCUAGACUAGGGAAAAGUGUGUCAGCCGCCGGGGUCACAUACUGGACGCCCCACUUUACAACAGAAGGCUGGAUCUCCUCUAACAUGUACAGGGUCCAGUUCCUUCUUUGUGAAAGAAGAAAAUAUGUACACAAUCUUUUUAUUAACUUUGAUAUAUUCAAAGUUGAAGUAAAAGUCUGGGGCAGUUCAUGAACUGGACUUCAAUGAAACCCCUUUUUGUUCUCAGAUUAUAGGCUGAUUGUUGGAGUGAUCACUGUUAGAGGUAGGGCUGCGCGAUAAACCGAAAAUUGACAGAUACCAAAAUUUGCGACAAUUACCAAUGUCAUUUUGCCCAUAUCUGUAUAUCUUGUGUCAAAAAAUUAAAUACAUAAAGUUGGUUUUGGACGUGUGUAGGUAGGCUAUGGUUUCAUGUCCCUUUUAAGACGCUGUCCUAUGUCAGAGACGUGACUCCACCCCAUCCAGUCCGUAACAAAGAGUGAAAGACAGGUGAGGAGAUGGAGGACAGUUCAAAAGUUGUAGCGGCCGCAGAAUUAGACAAAGUUAAUGUGGGAGGGGAUGUGCAGCUUGUAGAGUAGUUAUUGUCCAUUUAUCGUUAUUGAGGUGAACUGCUCAAUAUAUCAUGAUAUUGAUUUGAGGCCAUAUCGCACAGCCCUGGUGAGUGACACCAGGCCAAUCAGAGACUCAGGACAUUUGAUGUGUUUUAUUUGUAUUUAGCUCCAAACAUGUUUAUUUUUGAUGAUGGCAUCCAUCAUGGGACCUAAUGUGGACUCCUUGGCUUUUGCAGCGAGCCUUGAGUGGACACUUGAACUACGGUUCAAGUGUCCACUUGAACCAGGCCCGAGCUUGGGUUCAGCCAUGAGAGAUGUAAACUAGGGGUGUCCUGAUAUGAUAUUGAUAUCGUAUAUCGCUCCAUAUCAUCAAAAAAAUUAAUAUCAGAUUAUAUCGUCCUGCAUCUAAAAUCUCCGAUAUCAGCACUCCGAUACAAGCCGUUCAUUCUAGACUCCGCUCCGGCACCUCAAUCUAGCAGCGCUCUGAUCCAGCAAGCUGAGCCCACAAAAUCACAACAGCAGUGUGUGCUAAGGUACUAACAAAGUAGCAUGCAGUAGGAGUGAUGUCGGCUGUGUGGCAGUAUUUUUUGUUUGAUUCUGAUAAAGAUGUUGCAGCUGAGUGAAAAACUUGUCAUGCACAAGUUUGUGUCAAUAUCGGAUCAAUAUCAGUAUUGGCCGAUACUGAAGGCUACAAUAUCGGUAUGGUAUCGGAAGUCAAAAAGUUGUAUUGGGGCACCGCUAAUAUUAACACAAGACUGUUGUUGGAGUGUUUUAUUUUUUUUAAUGAUUUUUGAGACUCAGCCUCUGUUUGAUAGGACAGCUUGACAGAGGGACAGCAGACAUGAGACCAGAGCGGAUACUUGCAAUUAAACAGGGAUGGGCUAUCAAUCAGUCCUAUCAAUAUUCUCUUCCAUCUUCCCCUCUUUAAUGCUUUUAGUUGACGCCUGACAGCUGGUAUCUUUGUCUUUGUUAAACACUUUGACAGACACAUCUUGAUGGUCGUCCUGUCCAGUUCAGAGCCUCGUUUCGCCACAUCAGGCCGACCCAGCCUUCCCUUCUCUCACCCGUCCACUCUCCUCUUCCCCUUCCUCCGCUGACCGGCCAGAGAAAACAGCAGUGCGCUCCAUCUGCUGAAAGAUUUAAAUUCUGUCAUGUUGAGAAAAUAUGGGACGCGAGAGGAAGACAGAGGCGGAACAAGGGAUAGAUCAAGUUAACAGGAGAAGACCUUCCAGUCAGCCCACACAAACCGAGCCUCGAUAUGAGAGGAGGAAAGUGAGGGAGGGAGGUGUAAGCCUGCAUGCAUGCUCUCAUGACCUCUCCAUCACUCUGUUAGGUUUGGCAGCCGUUCCUCUACUAUAAGUUUGCUUAGCUUUGUCAUCACUGUCCCCUGCAGUUGUGGGAACUCGGCUGUAGCCAACAUGCAACCUGACGCUGCUGCAUCGAGGUAGGGAGCCAGACUCCACGCCCUUAGGGGAGUUAACGUUGGUUUUUAUGUAGACUAAAUCAGCCCAUAGUAUCAGUAUAGACAGAGGAGAAGGAGUCUGUGGGGAAAUCUGCCAUCUAGAGAUCAUAAGGCCACACUGCAGGAUGCUGAAGGGAUUUGGGGUUGACUGAGUUCAUAGAGGAACUCAGGACAACACACACCUGCUGCUGCUGGUGCUGCAUUAUGUAUAUGCUUUAAAGCAUUUUGUCCUGUUCCCAGAGCAUCUGUUUGCAUUUCCUUAAUCCCUUAUGUUGUGUAAGCGCAACGAAUUACAACUGCUUCAUAUCUCAUACAUGUUCCCACCCCAUCUGACCUUUGAGGCCUAGUUUGGACAGAUUUCAACAACUUAACAACUUGUUCUAGGUCUCAACCAUUUAGCCAGGGAUUUGGGUAUUUAGUACAGUUGUUCAUCUUUAAUCUUAAAUGAUCAGUACCAUUUCGCUAACUAUUCCUAACCUACUUUUGGAUAUUUAGGUUAAAAUAAAGUAACCUGUUUGAAAUGUGGGCUGUUGAAAUCAGCCAACAUAUUUUUUUGUAGCCAUCAGCAAUCACUUGAGCUAAUGCUGUCUCAUACCUAUCACUGUUCUUGCAUAUACAGUAUGUUUAAAUGCUAACCACAGGCUAGCAUUAACAUUUUCAUUACUAAACAGUAGUGGUGUCCCGAUACAACUUUUUUACUGCCGAUACGAUAUUGAUCCGAUAUUGUAGCCUUCAGUAUUGGCCGAUACCGAUAUUGAUCCGAUAUUGGCACAAACUUGUCCAUGACAAGCUUUUUACUCUGCUGCAAUGUCUUUUUCGGACUUUAACGAAAAAUACUGCCACACAGCCGACAUCACUCCUACUGCGUGCUACUUUGUUUGUACCUUAGUACACACUGUUGUUGUGAUCACGUGGGCUCUGAAUCCUGGAUCCGGGCGCUGCCAGAUAGAGAUGCCGGAGUGGAGUCUGGAAUGGACUGCUUGUAUCGAAGUGCUGAUAUCUGAGAUUUUAGAUACAGGCUGAUAUAAUCUGAUAUUUGUUUUUUGGCUGAUAUUGGACUGGUAUCCGAUAUCAAUAUCGUAUCGGGACAGCCCUACUAGCCAAUACCUUUAGAUAACCUUAGGAUAGAUACUGUAUUAGAAAACAUCCAUUAACUUGAGCUCACUGUUUCCGAUUAGGCUUGCUAUCCACUCUCUCAAUCAUAACAUAAAUUUUAGCUCUUUGUAUUUGGUAUGUUGUUUGCUUACCUUGUAUCGUUCAGGUCAACUGUUUGAGUACUGAAAGGUUAUCAUCACAAGAAAGGAGUUGACUAAUAUUUAACCCAGAUGCCCGGGGUUACAAAUGACAUUAUAACCCAAGGCAACUUUGGACCCUGGUCAGUUUGGCAGAUUAAAACUGUUAAAUCAAGAAAACAAACUGGACUCUUUUGAAAUCAAAGUUUGGGCAGGUCCUUAUGAAAUAGAUGCUGAUGCAGACAUUGUGCCCCUAUUCAAGGUUAAACCUGAGAGGCACUGUGAUGGGAUUCUAUUGUUUGGACCGUCCAGAAAGUCACCUUCGAUUAUUUACUCUACUCUCCACAAUAAAUCAUAUCACACAGAGCUAACAACAUUUCCCGUUUCUUCCCCGUAUUGGAAACACUGACAAACCGUAAGGCCGUGGCCAGGCUGUUAUGCCACUUAGAUAAGACAAUACUUGACUUCAGAUGUCCUUUUCAACUCUGUUUUCGAUGGCAGCAAAGUGUUAUUGGUUGAUUUAGUGUUGUGCAAUUACACUAUGUUUUAUCAGAGGCGGUCAUGUGUGUUUUCAGGUCUCACGUCUUUCACCUCCCUUGGCAGAGGUUGUGUUUUUUUGGGGAGCCGGUGCUCUCUGUUUGAAGGGCAGAGUGGUUGACCACAGUUUGGCCGUUGGUGGUGUAGCGUGCAAUUGAGCACUGCUUGGUCUGAGAGAAUAGGGUUUAGCCGUUGUUUUCCUGGUGUGGUCUGAGGGUUUUCUGCUCUUCUCUCCCUCUCUCUCUCUCUCUCUCUUGCACAUGCUCCACGGUGGAGGCUCUGGCUGAGUUUGUCGGAGUUUUGAACAGGCUCUGUUCUGCUGCAGGGGAGAUGAGGCAGGAGAAAGUUGAGUGUUUACUGAGGUCUCCAUCUGAGACGGGGCAUAUCCUCCCUGACACCACACCACUGAGGACAUCAAUCUCUCAAACAACACACUUGACAUUUAGACGCUCUUUGUAGGUACUUUUCGGGGCCUUUAUUAGCUGAUGUCUUCUACAUGACCUCAUCCGUCAGACGCAUUUGUUUGAAAUUCCCAGAAACACUUGCAGCUGCCCCUGUGCCCCAUUCUCCACAGCUUCAUCAAGUUCAGAUGUGGUAAACCGAAGAUCCAGGUCUCAGGACCCACAGUUCUCUCCACCUCACUGAUCCAUUACACCACUAUUUUUCUCUGCUGAAUUUGCGAUCCUAGGUCUCCUCUCGCUCUAGAAUCGGAUUUUAUUUGAAUUAAGAUCGGUCAUAAUCCUCAAACGAGCUUUAAUUCAUGGUUGGCCUUUGCUUGCAAGCCUCCUCUAUUUUCAUUUGGACAAAGUCGGAUGCCGUUCAACUUUUUCCCCACUGCUCCUCCUCAGUUGACGUGCUUUCUGCUGCCUUUCCUGUACUCUGUGCAGAAAAUGAAUGGCAGCGGGCCGCCCACAGCGAAACAUUUGUUGUAAUGUGAGUGGAGCGUAACGAGGAUUCAGGCCAGGGUGAUGCCCCCCUUCCCCCCUCCCCGUGCCCCAGCCUCUGCCCCCGCUAUCAUUGCUCAGUAAAGCGUCAGGACAGCGUUUUCACUGAAAGCAGAGUUCACUGAAACCAGUAUUUGCUGCCUGUCUUCUCAUCCCAGAGCCCAUAUCUGAGAAAAGAGCCUGCUUCCUUGGAAAAGCAGGAGGAACAUGAACAUCACUUACGCACAACCAGGAGUUGGACAGAGUAGAAGCAAAAAAGAACUUGGAUACAGACCUGUCUUCAAUCACUGCAUGAAACCUAGUGGUCAUGUAUCUUGUAUGAGGCCAUAAAUUUGAGCAAAAGUUAAGCUUUAUGGAUUAAAAACGAAACCUUCUUAGAAAAAAAACAAUUUCAUUUAAUAGGAAUACUUUGGCACAUGGUAUUUGGUAAGCAAAUGCCUUUUCAUUUGUUGCUGCUGAGACAGUUUUGUGUUACAGUUUGGUUAUUUACUGUCCUAAUUUCUUAAAAAGGAAAACCUCAUCAUGAUGAACUCCUUCUGAUGUUACAUAAGCAUCCAAACAGAUGCUAUUCUAAGAACCUUUGCUUAAACCCAAUCUUUGUCAUUAAUUACAAGCUGGUGGAUUUUUUUCUGGAUUUUAAGACAGGCCUGGUUCACACAUCAAGUUUGUUCAGUUAUUUAAGUAAUAAAAACUGAUUAAAAGUCCUCUGUUUUGACCCCUCACAUUUAUCCUAACACCAUACUGUGUUUCAGUCACCUGCAUACUAAUCAGGUAGAGCUGGGCGAUAUGGGAAAAAAGUUUAUCACAAUGUAUUUUUUUCAUAUCGGUCGAUAUCGAUAUGUAUCAUGCUAUUUAAAAAAAUCACUUGUCAAUCUUAAAUGUUUCCUGUUUCUCUUAAAUGAAAUUUAACAUGUACUCGACAUAAUUUGCAGUGCACACCACUCUGCUCCAUGUCCGACCUCAAAAAAACAAAAUACCUUCACACCACCGACAUUUCGUGCCAGUGUAGUCGCCGAUGUCAUCAUCUGUUGAGCCUUCAUCUGCAUUUCUGCUGGGAGUAGCACUCAUUUUCUUUUUUUCCCCACUGAAAGUGCUGUCGGCUUCAUGUGUUAAAGUGCUAUGGUUGCGUGUAGCUGCAGCCUGCUAACACACAGUUGUUUGCUACUUGGUUCUAAUUCAGUACAUGAUUGGUUCAGUGCGAACCGGACCUGGAGCAACUCUCCUUUUCAUUGGCUAUUCGUAUAGUCUGCCAAAACAUGGCAGAAUGCUGACAAUUGAUGAGCAUAUUGACCAUAUUUUAUAUCACUAUCGAGUGAAAUUAAUUCUUGAUAUAUAUCAUUAUCAUUUUAUUGCCCAGCCCUAUAAUCAUUAUUGCAAAACAAUACAAUCUGACACACAUGUAUGUUCAGUUUACGAUUGUAGAGACCACUGUGGUGAAACACAGAAUCGACAUAAAAAUAUAAUCUGUGUUUAACUCAGUUUCCUCCAUAUGUUAUUCUUUAUGAUUCUACAGUUUAAUGUCUCAAUUGAAUCUAGGCCUGGCUUCAAAGAAAGUAGUCAUGAGGCACAGUUGAACCUUUGAGAUAAACCGGGACCCUAAACUUGUAUUUCUGUAAAGACUUUAAGUGGAUUUUUCAGGACAGUUGAAAAGUUUCACUUCAAUAAAACUUGCUUUAUCAGUGAACAGUAUAAUUAAUCAAUGUACCAGUCAAAUAAGAUCACAGUGCCUUUCUCCCUCUGGUCGAUUCAUUUGUUUUUGGUUUUUAUUUUAUUGCUUGUUUUAUCUCCUCAGGGUUUGGGACCUGGAUGGAAAUGAAAGCACUGCGCUCAGACUUCGUUCUCCUGGCAUCAGUGUGUGCUGGCACCCAGAGGAAGCCUUUAAGGUAUGAAGAUUUGUUUCAGAUACAUGCUCAUGUUCUGAGGUUAAAAUCUGGUGUAAGUUGUCCCUUCAGUCAGACAGAAACAAUAUCAUAUUACAUGUCUGACUUUGUUGGACUGCAUCCAGGUGGACAUCAGAAGAAAAGCCAAACGAUUUCACCAUCCCUGGAAAAGUUAUGAGAUGGUCAUUACUUAGUCAGUUACUUAAUCUGUUCUUACCAAAAUUUAAGCAAAAGUUUUAAGAACGGUCCCAAAACACUCAUAAGUUAGUGUUUAUAAUCAUAAGACAGUUCAAGAACCGACUGCGAGAUACAGAAUAACUGAGAUGGGGGAAUUGAAAGUAACUAAAGGAGUGUGACACAUAUUUAAGUGCACAAGUUUCAUUGGACAUUGGUUAAAAUGACUUGUCUGCCCUCUCAGUUAAUGGUGGCUGAGAAGAAGGGGACAAUCCGCUUCUAUGACCUGGUGACCCAGCAGGCCAUUCUGUCCCUGGACUGUGGUCAGUCUCCACUCAUGUCAGCUGACUGGUGCCUCACAAACACGAUCAAAGUUGGCGCCGUGGCAGGAAAUGAUUGGCUCAUCUGGGACAUAACUCGCUCCAGGUGACUGAUCAUGUGCUGAUGCUGUGUGAUUUAUUGUUGGGGGGGGUAAGCUGAUGCAGCAAAAAAAAGGUUGAGUUUUGCCAAAACAUUUUUGUUUUUGCAGUUACCCUCAAGAAAAAAGACCAGCACACAUCGACAAAGCACGGUUAUUCAAGUAAGUGGAAUUUAUUCAUCCUUUUAAACUAUGCAAGACUUCCCCUUAUGUUGGGUUUUCAGUAUUUUUUAAGUCAAGUUCUCCUGGAUUUCUGCACCAGAAACUUGCCAAUUCUGCACCUUCAAUGAGCAAGUGUCACGUCCAAUUCCAAAGAGUUUGGAUGCUGUUUAGAGUUUGAUUUAAAACAGAAAUGGUCAUCUGCAAGUUACUUAAAGCACAUUUCACAACACUUCAGAAAGUUGCCCUUUACUUUGACAUUGCAAAGGUUUUGGGGAUUUCAUCACCUGCAGUGCGUAAUAUUAUUACCAUGAUCGAGAAAUGCUGAUGACUUUCCUGGGCCUGAGCCUAUUUGUAAUUGACUGUGUUCUGACAAAUCAGUUGACAUUUUUCUUGGAAAUCUUGGACACAGGUCCUCUGGUCUAAAGAGGGUCAUACUUGGCUUGUCAUCAGUGCACAGUUCAAAAGCCAGCAUUCCUGAUGGUAUGAGUGCUCAUGACAUGAGUAGUUUACGCAUCUGGGCAGCAACCAUCGAUGCCGAAUGACAUAUUCAGGUUUUUCAAGGAAGACCUUCCACAACAUAGCAAGAAGAGACAUUUUUCAUGUAUUACAACAGUAUUGCUCUGUAGUAGGAGAAUCCAAGUGCUCAACUGGGCUAUCUGCAUAUUUGACUUUUCACUUCUUGAUAACAUUUGGCACAUUGUGACACAAAUAUAUGACAGAUGAGGCCCCAAACUGUUGAGUUGGUGAAAUCCAAUGAGGCAAAAAUGUUUUUCAGAACUGCAGAAACUUGAUCGUCAUUACCCAAGCAUUUGUUGUUAAUGGAAGAGGGGAAGCAGACAGAAUAGAAAUGUGUUUCUGGCAGGUUUUUUUUUCACAAACAUAUUUCAGCUUCAACAUUUGAUUUGUUGUCUAUUAUUGAUUUAAAAUGAUUUGUGUGCCAUCAUAUUGUUUUUGUUUUUUAUACACUUGUGUAUUUUACACAACAUCUUAACUCUGACAGAACUGGAGUUGGAGAAUUGGAGUAACAGUUUUAAAAUGUGUUUCUAUAGAUUUCAAGCUGUUUUUAAUAUAUAAAAAGUCAGUCAAUUUAAGAUGUAGGUUUUCUUCCAAGGUGGUCUCGGGCCAAUGAAAACCUCUUCGCCACCACUGGAUGUCCAGGAAAGAUCUGUAGUCAGUUAUUUAUCCACCAUCUUGGCCACCCACAGGUCAGUAUGAUGCUUUUCACAGCCCAGAUCAGUAUCUUUCUAAUGUCCUCAACAGCUCCAGUAUUAUUUCACAUGUUGAUGUUGUUCCAGCCUGUGACGAUCGGAUCGGCCACGGUGGGGUCCGGCCUCAGCUGGCACCGGACACUCCCGCUCUGUGUGAUCGGAGGGGACAGGAAACUCUGCUUCUGGAUGACGGAAAUGUAGACGUCUUCACUGCACUUGUUAUUGUGGAUGACUAGGUCCUGUGUUUCACUCUCAUAAAUGUUAAAUAAAGUAUUUUUCUGAGUAUCUGCCAAGUCUGUUUGAUACUGAUGGAAA